AUACAUAGCUUUAAAUUCUAAAAAAAGUGUUUAUGUGUUUUAUAUAAUUACGACAUGAUUUUUUUAUUAACUUUAUUUCUUUGAGACAUAACGUUACUUUUUUUGUGACCGGAAGUAGUGACCGUUGCUAUAGCCACGUAUUAAAAAAAAUACUUAGCUGAGGCUAAUAAUAAAAUGCUCAUCAAGUAACUCUAAAUUCUGAAAAUAUUAAGUACACUUGGUGAUAUUUUGUGUUUAUUUGAGAGCUGAAUAACUGAUUUUGAAACGUAACAUUGGUUUUUUUUGUGACCGGAAAUCCUGUUGUACCGGUCGCUAGGCAGCUCGCGCAUGCUAAUGAUUCAUUAAACAGCUCUAAAUUAAAAAAUUAUAAAAUUAUAAAAUGCAGACUAUUCUUAGUGUUAUUUAAAUGUUUAAUUUAAUUAAGAGCUCACAAAAUUGCCUAUUAUUUAGUGUUAGUUUGAUAUAAAGCAGCUUAUUUUGUGACCGGAAGUAGCAACAAAAAUAGUUGAAGCCAGUUUACUACACGACUGACUGCGCAUGCGCAUUUCCCAAGCGUGAUUAUUUGGGAGCAACAGUUUAAGAUUUGUACAAUUUGGACAGAUUAAGUGAUUAAAUGAUGCUGGUGUUGUGUUCAUGCUGUUUCAGAGUUACAUGACACAACAUGUCGGUGGUGUUUGUUUCUUCUCUCUGUGAUACAUCAGCAGUGAGAGAUCAGAUUAGAUCAGAUUGCAGCUGAGAGUCAGGAGGAAGUGAGAAUGGCUCAGACUGAGCAUGCAGAGGCUCAGCUGGCUGAAGUCGAGCUGCUGCUGAGCAUGUUUCCCAGCCAGGAGGAGCUGGAGGUGGAGCCGGUGGCGUACGCAGAGCUCAGGGCUUACGUGGAAGGAACAGCGGACUGUCCCUCAAACACCAGACCUGAACUCUGCGUCAAGAUCCGGACACACACUGGGGUGGAUGUCUCACUCUCGUGCACGUACCCAUCUGACUAUCCAUCAGUGCUGCCCGAGAUCGUAGUCAGAUGUGGCGAGUUGAGCCGGGUGCAGCACGCCUGCCUCGUCUCCGAUCUGCGCUCGUACCUGCGCGAGAGCUGCACGGGCGAAGUGUGUGUGCUGUCCGCUGUCGACUGGCUCAGAGAUCACACACACGAAUACCUGGAGCGGGACGACGACGGAGCGAAAGGAGCAGCGCAGGCGCCGAGCGCCGAGACCUUCACCAGACUGUGGAUCUACAGCCAUCAUAUCUACAACAAGAGCAAGAGGAAGAACAUCCUGGAGUGGGCCAAAGAGCUGCAGCUGACCGGCUUCAGCAUGCCGGGGAAGCCGGGGGUCGUGUGUGUGGAGGGUCUACAGGCCGCCUGUGAGGAAUUCUGGGCCAGGGUGAAAGUCCUGACCUGGAAGCGCAUCAUGAUCCGUCACAGAGAGGACGUCCCACUGGACCCAGCCAAUCAGAGCGCAGAGUCGCUGCGCCGAUUCGACGGCUUCGAGGAGGCCGCGUUCGAUCCUCACGGGAACAGAGGGAACCACAUGGACCUCGGGCAGCUCUUCCAGUUCCUCAGCGAGAGAGGCUGCGCUCAAAUCUUCCAGAUGUACUUCGGAGUCGAAGGGAGAUGAGAGAGGACUCUUCAUGAAGCGGGUUUUACAGUUGUGUGUGUGUGUGUGUGUGUGUGUGUGUGUGUGUGUGUGUGAUGAAUGAUGAAUGAUGAAGUGCCUCUGUUUUUAGCAAGACACCAUUUCCAUGUCAUAUGGAAUAAACAGUUAUGUAUAAA